CAGUUUUCCCAAGCACUCGAUGGUAAUAAAAACAGCCGCUUCCCCUGCGCUCGACUGCUGCUCCAAGGCUGCAAGAAAAGGGCAGGUUCAGCACUGCAUCGCCCCGGGAGGGGUUACGCCGGGUGGAACUGGAGUGGAAGGCCGGCUCUGCAGCAGGACGCGAGGUCCCUGCAGGGGAACCCUCCGGACCCAAGUGGGGCUUCGCGCCCCCCGCCACCACGCUCUGGUUAUGCCAUCCCGGAGAAUGGUUCCGGGACUCGAACCACCACACUGAAAAGCACAGAAACUGAGCUUCGCUGAAGACAAUACUGGCCUCAGAAAAGAGAAGCAAAUUGACCAUGAAAUAAUAGGGAUUUUCAGACUUCAAAGAGGGCGUAACAAACAACGGAAAGCAGCCUGACAACCCGAGAGAUGUGCUCCGGGACCUCGGACAAGCUCUUUGAACCCUGCUCAGCGAAACAUUUCGGAUGGAUCUCAUUAUUCCUAAACCCACGCUGAGUGGUGGAGAUAUCUGAGACAAAACAAAGUUAACUGCAGCCCUUCCCUCAGCAGCCAGCUCCAAACUGUUCUCAGCCGAGCAGUGAUCUUUCCCCAUUCACUUGCCCUGAGUUUUGCCAUCCCCUGGGGGCGUUUGUCUCAUUGCUUUGGAGCUAUCCCACCAUCCCAAAUUGUAUUGGAAUAUUCCUGAACCUUCAGGUCAACUUUGCCACUGCAAAAACAACUUCUGAUCAUAUCCAGCCUGUGUCACAUCGAGAUUUCAUUUCCUGCCACAGCAACAGUACCAUCUUUGUGUCAAAGCAUCAGGACACAAACAAGCAGGUCUUGUAGGACGAACCAAGGGUGGCCACCCCGCUGGCAUUUCUCCCCACACGAAGAGCUGCCAAGCAGUCCCAGUUUGGACGAGGCUUUGAAAGUUCCCAAAAAUAGCAGGUGCCCAAAGCGCUGGCUUUGUGUUGAUGCACGCAAUGGCUUUGCCUCGGGAGGAGACCACUGCAAAAAUGGCAACCCAGCUAGCCUGGGCCAGCAGGCUGCCGCUGAAAACCGGCCUCCUGUGAUUGUACAGUCACUCCUGCACAAACUGCUCCCUGCGGUCUGCAGUUAAAGCUUCCUCUCUUCUUUCCAGGCUGAUCAGAAGUCUCAAGGCUUGCAAGUGUCUCCACAGCCCUGCCAGCGCUGCAGAAACGCUGCCCAGAGGCAACCAGCAAAGGCACGUGCAGGAACUCGGUGUUUUGUCGGCGGCUCGAGGGAAGGUCUCUGCUACGGGAUGAACUCCCCCUGGUGCUGGGGUGCCACUGCAGUUAGGAAAGUGGAGUAAAAGGAAAAAGAGAGAGGGAAGAUGAAGAAACAAUGCCUUGCAAAGGCAGAAAAGCACUGGUUUGGGGGUAUUUGAAUGCUCAGAGCUGCUGGAGGAGGAAACUGGCCCAAAACCUCGGUGUGGGGGGAACACCCCCGCAGACAGGGAGAGCUCAGCCCCCAUCGAAGACACGGCUGGAAGCCCGGUGUCUUGUUUCCAUGCCGUGUAAGAGGUUACCAUUUUAAAUGUUCUCACGGCACGUUCCUACAGCCUGUGCAGCUACCGGAGCCACCGACUUGCCAGCUCCCCCAGCAGCAAGGUGGGGCGGGAUGGGACGGCGAGGUCUCGCUUUGGCCAGGGACAAGCAGGGACGCUGCCACCGAGCGGAGCUGAAUUUCUGUUCCGGGAACAGCGCGGACUCACAGCUGGGGAGCAUUUGGGAAAGUCAGGAGCCUCAGGGGGGCUGAUCGGUGGUGGUGUGCUGCUGGAGAGAGCUCCAGUGCUCCUCAGAGCGCGCAGGUGAGCAGAGGAGAGCAGCGCCAGGCAGAGCAGCGCCCACCUGGGGAUGGCCGGGGCCCUGCGGGGGCACAAAGCACGGUCGGGGAGGCAGCGAGGGCCGGGAGCUUCCCAGGGGAAGCCCAGGGCAUCGUGCAGCGGUUGAUCGGAUGGCAGAUCUCCUCCUGCCAAAAAAGAAAGCCUGGGCCCCAAGGCCAGAUACGCUGGUGCCACAUCAAGAAGGUGAUUGCUACUGAUACGCAUUGACAUGCGCAACUAGAUCUGGAUCCCCUUAAAAGCUGCAGAAUCAGGCUUAAGCAAGCAGUGGAAUAUUUUAACACGGAGCAGUACAUGUGCAGCUGUCUUUACAUACCAGAAUUGUUAAUGCUAACAAAAAUAAAGAUUAAACAUGGAAAAGACCAUCUCCAAUGUUGUAUCAAAACAGCCCUGACCUGCAGCAGCAAAGCAACACCCCAAAUCUAUAUUUAUACUGUUUCAAACACUAUAUUUAUUUGCUCAGCCCGCAACGCCUCCAAGAAGGCAAGGAGGGGAGGCCAACGUUUGCAAAUGACUAGGCACUGUGAGUGUUUGCAGAACUGUUAAUCAAUUAAGAAAGAGAGGAUCGCGGGAUAAUCCCGCCUCUUCUGCCAUGUCCCAGCAGCACUGGUCCCAGGGGAGCUGCGAGGUACGGGGCUGGCCGGGACCCAGGUCCCUGCGGCAUCCUGCCCCUGCAGAGGGAACGCUGACACUGCUGCCAUUGUCACCACCAGACUGCAAGCCACCCACGAGACACGAGCGGGGCGCAGGCGAGCUUUUGAGGAUCACUGUAUGUUUGCUGGCCGGCCUGACUCAUCCCCCAGUCAACGGCUACGAAAUCCAGCGGGGGAAGGCCAGGCCCCGUCAGCAAGCAGCUCAAAACACAAACAGCUGGGAGCCCAGGGGCCUCUCCCCGCAGCCAGGCGAGGUGCCAGUCGUGGCAGAUGCCAACCGGCUCCCGCCACAGGAAUGUGCUCACCGAGGCAUGGAAAUGAAAAACAUUAGGGGAAAGAACUUCCUUUUAUUCAAUAUUUGUGCCCGGAGAAACGGAGCCGACAAGCAGACACCUUUCCCCCAGUAGCACUGCCCUGCUGCCACCCCGCAGCAGGACCAAAAAUAACACAGCAUCCUCCUACCUCUGCUGCGCUGACGGGGCUGGCGGGGAGCUCUCCGGGGCAGGGACGUCUUCCCACCAGCACAGCAUCAGGACAACUACCUCACGGCAGCACCACGAGGAAACACAGCGCUUACCUGAGCCCAGAGCCUGACCCCUCCAGCCACAACAUGCGUAUCCAUGCGGGGAGAGAGGCUCCCUGUUCCCCAGAGCCUGCAACCUCAACCCUCAAAUAGAUAAAGGGUAAAAGAACGGGAAAUUUAUCCUUGGAGGAAGACAGAAUAGGAGGUGGUUUGAGGUCUCUACGGUUUAACCUCUGAAAGGGGUCUAUGUUCUAGAAAUACACGUGGGUGGAAUGCAUUUAUGGAUGGAGUUUGCAAGGACCUCACCAGCUUUUAGCUCCAAUCUGACCCAAGCUAGCAGAAAUGGUUAUCUGUCAGCCAGUAAAUCUUUGCAAGGGGAUAAGGAAACCAAGGAUCAAACAUCAGCUGCGCUCAGGGAGGAAGCACAGAUCCACUUCCUAGCUUCACUGUCCAACAGAAACAGCCUGAACUUUAAAUCUCACCGAUCAGUUGCUCUUGCACAGCAGAGCUGGGACACAGCUUUCAGGAAUUGUUCAACAAAUGGUUUCAGGUCAGACUAAGGGAGUUGAACCUGCUCAGAGAAAAGUCAGUCAGUGGAAAGAGAAUGUUUUAGAGAGGUGAAUUGUUUUCUUUUCCACUCCCCGUCUGGGCUUUACUAACGGCACACACUGGAGGGGCACUCUCAGUCCUGAUCAACCUGGAGCAAUGGAGGAAGAUAUGGAGGGGUCUGUGCACGCCUUCUUUCACUGCCUCAAAGGUCUGAAGACACUCAGAGAGAGAUUCCAGUGGUCAAAGCGUGUGCCCAACUCAGUAGCUGCUGAAUCAGGCGUAAGCAAAAAUACCGAUCAGCAUUAUUCUGCUGAAGAGUUCUGAAUUCUGCAGUAACUACAGCAGUCAGUGCUGCAGCAGGUCCCUCCGGCAGGAGCCCGGAGGUCCCACAGUGACAGCACCCCUCGGGGGACGAGGCAGGGAGAAUUACUUCACGCUGAAGCGGGCGGUGAGGCCCCCGCUGCUCACCAGCAGGGCGUUGCAUGUCAGGACUGAAUACUGGAAGGCUGACACGGCCUGGUUUGCACCGAGGUCCCCCGUUACAUCAUCGUUCAGCCAAUCCCAUCUGCCCCACAGGCUCGCCAGCACCUACAUUCACACCCCAGAAGCCCUCUCUCCCCCCCCAGUUAGUCAUGCAGCGAAAACGCCGCUUGAACUGACAGCUGCUGCCGGAGCUGGGGCUGCCAGGCCCUUUGCAUAACGCCGUCUGGAGCAUGCUCGGUGGCGCUGGCUGAUUCCUCGGUGCAACAAUGGAAAAACCCAGAAAUCUCUGUGAAUAAGCCAGUCUGUGUCCUAAGGCAGCCCUUGGAUUUCCUCCCUUUCUUGAGACUGUCUCGCCUCUGCAAAAGCUCCACUGGGGCUCCGCAGCCAGGCUGAGCAGCAGCGAGCUCAACAAGCUCGCAGUUAUGUGCUCGGCUCCCAGCUGUUUGCUACAGCCAGGAACUGGCUGCAAGUCAGUUCAAAAUGUUCCACUUCCAAACCCCACCCCGCGACUCCUGGAUCGCUCCCCUCGCACUCACAGGAGCAGGCGCUGGGGCUUUUAACUGCUUUGCUGAACGUCUGUGUCGGGAGAGCGGGGGAGAUCCCGUGCAUUAGCACACCUCUGCAUCACGACGCCUUGCAACGGCUCCUCCAAGACCGGCGCCAACGCGGCCCCAGCCCCUGCUCCCGCUGCAAUUCGCUCGCUCUGCAGCUUCUCCAUCCCUUUACCCAUGCCUGAGUCUUUCCCUGCCCACAGCUUCGUCUUGAGAGCUCUGCCCUGCACCUCACCAGAGUCAGGCCCGCCGUCGGCACCACUGGCCGGCAUUUCUUCCUUCAGUGUCACGUCCACCAGCCUGUGCCUCACCGCUUCCCUGCGGGCUCUGCCUCUGCCCCGUCCCUUGUUGGAAGGCAAUGGCCACUGCUCCCCGGUUCCGUGUGCUGAGAACCCCGCCUCGUGUCACACCCCGUGGGGAAGACACAGCAGCAAGGAACAAUAAAUGUGCUCCCUUUCUUGACCAGCUCCUCGGUCAGCCUAGAUCUGAAGGUCUUCAACCCAAAUUUGCAUUGCAAAAGCACCUCCGGUGCUGUUGACCACUGGCAUGACACCGUCUCUCUCCCAUCUUCUCCAGUCCCUGCUCAAGCAAACUCCUUUGAAAUCAGCAGGACAAAAUCCUCCAGAACCCCUACUCUGUGAUAACAGGAAAAGGUGCUUCUCCCCCCAAAAAGUGCUUCUCCCCUAACUGACCUACGCUACCGCGCAGCCCGGGAGCCUGCUGAAAGCUUCAGCACAAGGACAACCACCUAUGGACGACAAGGUGACUGCGAAGAGCAGCCGCGGUCCUCGCUGCGCACCCUCAGGCUGCCAUUCAAGCGGAACAGGUUGCUUUUCCCCCGCUGGUAGAUCUGGGCCCCACUUGGCUCAGCAGGGAUCGGAGAGGUUCCCCACAGAGCAGGUUUGCGUUUGUUCUUCCUGACCAUUUGCCUCCCUGUUGCAGAAACUGCCUCUGCACGGUUACUGCCGCAGCGGAGCCCGGCAGCGCCGAGGACAUUCCUCCGCCCGGUGCCAAGGGGUUAAGCUCGCAGUAAGUUCCCAAAGCCACUUGCUUCCAACUGGCUGCUGCCUGCGGUUUGUGGGAAGGGAUUUUGCUUUUUAAUAACAUUAUAAAUAGGGCUGUGUUCAGCAUGCUGCAAACCCAGUUACUCUCUCUCUCCCACCCAUCUCCCUCCUCCUCCUGCUGCUUCUCUUCCCGCCACACCGAUUCCAGAUCUGACCAUGAAUCGGUCGGGCUUCUUCCUCGGUGUCCUCCUGGCGUGUCUCGCCUGCAUCGUGCACGCAUGUCCCCCGAGCUGCCACUGUCACGGCGGAGACCUGCAGCACGUCAUCUGUGACAACGCUGGGUUGAAGAAGAUCCCCAAGGUGCCCGAGCAAACGCGGCUGCUCAACCUGCAGAAGAAUAAUUUCCCCGUUCUGCCAACCAACGGUUUCCGGGACAUGAAAAAGCUGGUGUCCCUUCACCUCCAGGGCUCGCGGAUCAAGGAGAUCUCGACGGGAGCCUUCAGGGGGCUCAAGAGCCUGGUCUACCUCUAUCUCACCGACAACCAGAUCAGUGUCAUAAAGCCAGGAGCCUUUGAUGACCUGUCUGAGCUCACCUACCUGUACCUGGACCAGAAUAAGAUCCCAGACUUAUCCAAAGGGCUCCUCUCCCCUCUCGUCAACCUCUUUAUCCUGCACCUAGGCAGCAAUAAAAUCCAGGAGCUGAAACCAGGGGUCUUCAGCGGUGCUAAAGACCUGCGCUGGCUCUUCCUCUCUGACAACUCCCUCACCAGCCUCCUGCCUGCGGCCCUGGAGGACGUGGAAAACCUUGCUGUGCUCCACCUGGACAAGAACCAGCUGAGCAGCUACCCUGUGAACGCCAUGAGUAAGCUCCGAGUGCUGGAGGAGCUGAAGCUUUCUCACAACCCCAUCGAGGUCAUUCCCGACAAUGCCUUCCAGUCCUUCGGGCGGUACCUGCAGACUCUCAACCUGGACAACAUGAAACUGAAAAAGUUUGCAGACAACGCGUUUGCUGGUGUGACCGUUCUGAAGACCGCUCACCUCGAGAACAACCGGCUCACCCAGCUGCCCCGCAACUUCCCCUUCGACAAGCUGGAGACCCUGACGCUCUCCAGGAACGCCUGGCACUGCAGCUGCCAGCUGGCACAUCUGCGCAAGUGGCUGAAGGGCAACCGCACCCGCACGGAGGACACGUGCUCCACGCCCGCGCAGUACCGGGGGCAGUCCAUCAGAGACACCCCUGCCCUGCGCGCCUGCAAGCUGCCCACCAAGAGGUCCAGGAAGGGAAGCCGCCAUUAAGCACCAGGCCCUGGUAUGGCCUGUCCUGGUGACCGGUCACUCCAACCAUCAGAAAACUACUGACUUCCGAGUCCUUCCUUAAGCUUCUUCUACCUAUCAGGAAACAUAUCUGAUAUAUCCGAACACCUCCAGCCUCCUCCGAAUCCCCGCUUCUCUGCUGAUCGCAGGAUGGAAUCCACCUUCUCAAGCUUUUCCGACAUCUAUGUAUUUUAAAAGAGGCAUUUUUAAAACCUAAACUAUGCAUGAGCAUACUAAGACAAGCUAAGCUAGAUCCUGCCGGUAAAACACAGUCAUCUUUCCCAGAGGCAAGGUAACCACACCCCUGAUCAAUCCGUUUGUUUUGAUUGAUCCUACAAGCAAGUAGGAAGGCAGAAGCGUUCUCCCCCAGCUGCUUGAUCAGGAAAAUUGGUCUCAAGCCAUGCAAAAAGACUCCUCUGCCUACCCCCGGAGGGGAUCCCUGCAGGCCAGGGCUGAGGAUGAUAGGUGAAGCGAUGCCCACCGCCCGGUGGCUCUAAGACAGAGCUGCCCUUUUGCUACAAAAGGCAGCGGUUUCCCUAAGUCAGCCAGAAAUCUCCAGGUGAAGCAGUACUGGGAAAGGCUGAAACUGAAGCAAGCUGAGACUGGAUUCCCUCCCACUCUGUGGGGUCUCCCAAGGUACGCGCAUGUCCAAGAGGAGAAGGUGUGCACCGUGCUUCAGCACCCCUCCUCCUCUCUCUGCCCGUACUCCAGAGGAUCUAGCAGGACACCAGGAUGACUGUGGUUUAUUGUCGCGGCUAUUACAAUACCACAGUUGCAACUUAACUGUGUUUUUUAACCCUAAAGAGUUAUAUAAAUAUAUGUAUAUUUAUUCCUCUGUAACUGAGUGUAAAUGACCUUUAAGAGGAUGAAAUCUCCUCCGUUUCCUACAUAGAAAUCAAAUUGUAUAUUUUCUUAUGUACAUCUUCUGUAUAAAGCUCUUGCUGCAAAGAUGAA